CAUGUUCUGUUCUGUUGUAUUACAUUCUAAAAUAAAUUCCGUGUUAAGACACAAGUGCCAUGGCUCCCAUGACUCUCCCUCCUGGUUUCAGGUUUCACCCAACUGAUGAAGAGCUUGUCGCUUACUACCUGGAUAGGAAAAUCAGCGGUCGCACCAUUGAGCUUGAGAUUAUCCCUGAGGUUGAUCUCUACAAAUGUGAGCCUUGGGAUUUACCAGAUAAGUCGUUUUUGCCGAGCAAAGACAUGGAGUGGUACUUCUACAGCCCCAGGGAUAAGAAAUACCCGAAUGGAUCCAGAACCAACAGGGCAACUCGUGGCGGCUACUGGAAAGCCACUGGCAAGGACAGGGCGGUGCAGACGUCGAAAGCGGUGGUGGGUAUGAAGAAGACUUUGGUGUAUUACAGAGGUAGGGCUCCCCACGGCAUCAGAACUAAUUGGGUUAUGCAUGAAUAUCGCUUACUUCACUCCGCUUCUCCCACUGCUCCUUCCAGUCUAAAGCAGGACUCUUAUUCUUUAUGUCGCAUCUUCAAGAAAAACAUUCAAAUCCCUAAAACAAAAGAAGCACCUGUUGACAAUAAUCAAUCAUUUGGUGAUGAAAUCUCAAGAGGGAGAGAAGCUGAAGUUGAAGAUGAGAAUUUCAAUACUUCUUCCUCGGAUGUCACUCAAGGGACCCCCAAUGAAACUGGCGUGGCCGAUGAAUAUCAACCUCCAUUUACCUCCGAUGAAGCCAAUAGUUCGGCUAAUUUGUCUUCACUCGGCCCUGAUUUUUCCUCCCAUCCAUUUCAGAUUCCAAGCUACACCAAUCUCCAUUAUCAAGCUCCAUAUCCACCAUUAGAGCUAGAGGACUUCCCACAGAUAAAUAUUAUAUCAGAGACAAAGGCGUCCAAGGCGGAGAUAAUUGACGAAUACAUGAUGUAUGACAAGUGCAAGGACUACAUGAACGGAUCAUUAGAAGAGAUUUUCUCACUUUGUGCCUCUCAGGACAAUUCCAUGCCCCCCCUCUCCAUGCAUGAUUAAUCAGACACACUAACUGAACAUUACUUUAACAAAAAUUAAUAUACUUAUUUUGUAAUGCUAUAAAUUUUUUUUUUCUUUUUCAUUUGUAACACAAAAGGUAAAAGGCCGUGUUAGAGCAAAUGAUAAAAAAUUAGAACAUCAUUUUGCCAAGCACAAGAUGAUAAGGCUACAUAUUAUUGGUUUCGUUUUUUACCAUUUUAUUUUAUUUUGUUUAUAUAUUGUGGUUGAAAAGUUGUUUGGCAAUUUUGAAAGGGAAGUGGAUAAAUCGUUUGAACAAUCAA